UCCAUAGGAAUUACCUUCUUCUCGUGCAAUGGGACAAAUCUAUAGAAUCAACAAACUCCAAGAGAAUGGAAACACGUUUUCAAUGAGGGAAACAUCAACAUUUGAUCUUUGAAGGAUAUAACAUCUCUUACAGAAUGGAAACCUAACUAGACCAUAGUAACUCCAUAGUUCGCUAGAGUUGUGUAUUGAACUGUAGAGAGGAUAUGUAGUCAAUAAGAAUAUAUGUACUCUGUAUGAAAGAUGAGAAUAAUGAAACUCACGGAAUAUUCUACUCAUAACAGACGCCAGAUUCCACUGUGUUGAAGAGGCGCCAUUUCCACUGGGAGAAUUUCCAAAAACAACGGUCUGGCACGUGAUACAGAUCGCACUAAUAAAAGAAUGGGCCUCUUUUUCGCCAAAUAGAGUAGAAAUGGCAUCACGUCACAAUAUGGUCGUCUGCUGCCGGAGCCUUGUCCGUAGCUGCGGAUCAAAGUUAUUCCCGUCUUAUUUUCUUUAGUACACUUGGACCAGACUUACAUUAUCAAUCGACCGUUUAGUCAUUAAAUUAAUGUGAGACAUCGGCUAUGCAGGAUGAGACAACUCAGGCCAAUAUUUUGGACGAACUUGGUGCCACCCCUGUCCGGAAAAAUGGACAUAUUUCAGGGGAUAAUGAGCGGAUUAUUCUCAAUGUGGGAGGUGUCCGGCAUGAGACCCACGUCUCUACUCUCCGGACUAUCGCCAACACUCGGCUAGCCAGACUGGCUGAGAGACACCUAAUGUUAGAACAUAAACGUGAGGAAUACUUCUUUGACAGGCAUCCCUCCGUCUUUAACUCUGUGAUAGAUUUCUAUAGAACGGGUGAAUUACACGUACCUCUAGAGGUAUGCGGGGCUGUGGUAAAACGCGAGCUGGACUAUUGGCAGGUGGAUCAGCACGCCAUCAAAUCCUGCUGUUGGCGUCAUUACAGAUCUUACAUAGAAAACAAACGCAUCCUCGACUCCUUCAACCGAAGUCUGAAGAAAGAGACAUUUUCUGUUGACGUCAGCAAGUUUGAAGGAUGGAAAAAAGUACAGAUGCAAAUGUGGUUAAUUUUAGAGCACCCAAGGACUUCCAAAAUAGCAAUGGCCUAUGGAGUUGUUUCGCUCUUGUUCGUUAUUGUAUCUAUCCUUGGGUUCUGUUUGGAAACUCUGCCGGGUCUUAGACCAAGCACGCGUUCCCACAACAGUUCAAUGAACGUCAACUGCCCCGGGAACAAGACCAAAAUCAUAGAACUCAGGGAGAACGAAGGACUCUACAUAUUAGACGUAAUUUGUACAGUGUACUUCACCAUAGAACUCGUUGUCAGAUUUAUCUUUGCUCCACAGAAACUGAAGUUCAUCCGUUCCGCUAUGAACAUCAUCGACCUACUCGCUCUGGUGCCUCUAUAUAUGCAGUUAAUUCUCAACUCAGAUGACAUGCGAGCUUGCUAUAUGAAUGAACAACUGAUCAUUGAAAUCAUGUUUGUUCUACGUAUAAUACGUAUGUUCCGAAUAUUUCAUUUGGUGAAACAUUAUCAGGCGUUGAAAAUCUUAGUGUAUGCAUUGAAAGCAAGUCUUCAAGAAUUAUUGAUGCUCGCAAUUUUCCUCAUAAUAGGUAUGUUGAUAUUUUCUUCCUUGAUUUACUAUGCAGAAAGGCAUAAAAUAAAUUCUGGGGAGCCAGAAACUAUAACAACCAUUCCGAUGGGAUUUUGGUGGGCGAUAAUCACUAUGACGACAGUAGGGUACGGUGACAAACACCCGACAACGACUGUCGGUUAUAUUGUGGGAACCGCAUGCGCAGUGGCAGGUGUUCUUAUGAUCGCCCUUACCAUUCCAGUUAUAUCCAAUAAUUUUACACUUUUCUAUACACAUGUACGUUCAAAAGGGGGGAAAGGGCCCCCUAAUUCAGAUUCCAGGGAAUCACUUGUAUUAUCAUCCAUUGAUGACUUGGACAAAGAAACAGAACUUGAUGAAAAACGGAAGUUAUCGAGCGGGUCCUUGGUUGUGGAGGCGUACAUGAAUGGAACACAUGUUAUUCGAAAAUUGACUUCAAAGUCCGGAAGUCCACAAUAUUCUCCAAUUCUGAGAAGAAUUCCGGAGUCAAGCUCUUUAGUAGACAUUUGUGAUAGGCGGAAAUGUAAUGGAGAAUUUGACCUUAUCAGAAACAACAGUAGUAAAGCUAAAAGUGACGACGGCGUUACUUACACAGGGGAAACACCGCUUUGAUAAAACAGGUCUUCUAUGUCAUUGUUGGCAAAAUAAUGUCAUGUGAGUGGUGGAUAUAUUGAACAUCUAAGAAUUUUUUUUAAAUUUUUUAUUUUAUUUAGUUUUUUUUUUGGGGGGGGGGGGGGGGGUCUAAAUUA